AAAUGAAAACCUAAUCUAAUAUUCAGUAUAUAACGUUUAGUACCAUUUCAAUUCCUAUUUUUUUUUUUAUUUCUUCCACCACUACUGUUUUUCUUCCCUGUAAAACAAUUUUUUCGCAGCCACAGCUCCGCCUCCGAUUGACGUCGCUGCUCAAUUAUCCAGAGGGCACGGCACGAGGUUUUUUGUUCGGUCUGUGAGACAGAGAAAUUAGAGGAACUGAGUUUAAGUUUGGUGUAGUACUUAAUGGGUCGAAAGAAGUCUAAUACUGCGGUUGGUGAUGAGAAUCCGCCUCCUCAAGGUGGCGGUGGGAAGUCGAAGAAAAAGCAAGCUGUGAUUGAUGAUGAUGAGUACGCUAUUGAGACGGUAUUAUCUGAGGAGUUGAAUGAUGACAUUCCACUUCCGGUUACCGGUAAGAAGAAAGGCAAGAAAGGGAACCAAAAGAACUCGGAGUCUAAAAAUGAUGAUGAUGAGGGAAAGGAAGAGGCUGACGAUGAUAUUCAGGAUGUAGUGUUUGCUGGAAAGAAGAAGUCGAAAGGAAAGAAGAAUGGGAGUAAAAGUGUGUUUUCGACAUCUCAUUUUGGGUUACUUGGUGAAGGAGAUGAUGAUGGUAACGAGGAUGAUGAGGAGACGUCCGAGUUAACAGGCGGUAAAGAUAGUGAGGCGGAAGAUGAACCUGUUGUGAGCUUCAGUGGGAAAAAAAAGUCAUCAAAGAAAAAUAACAAGUCUACUGGUGGUGAUUUUGAACAAGAAGUUAUUGAUAAAUCUGACGGCGAUGAUGCGCCAGUUAUUGAGUUUACUGGUAAAAAGAAGUCAUCCAAGGGUGGGAAGAAGACUGGUGGUGCUGUGUUUAAAGUGGCUACUUUUGAUGGGUUAGAUGACAAUGAAGAGGCGAAGGAUGAGGAUGAAGAUGACGAUGCUGCCAUAACUUUUUCAGGAAAGAAGAAGAAAUCGUCCAAGAAGGGUGGGAGUAAGUUCAGUGCAGCACUGCUUGAAGAGGAUGGCGAAGAGGCUUCUGUUUCUGUUAUAACCAGCCAUGACGUACCCGAAACUGAGGACGGUGAUGGGACAGCCAUUUCAUUUACAGGUAAAAAGAAAUCGUCCAAAAAGAAGGGCAAAAUCAGUGAUGAGGUGCCAGAACAGCCGCCUGGAAUUCCUGAAGCUAAUGAUGCAUCAGUUAGUAAGAAUGAAGAGGUAGUAGAAGCUUCAAAGAACAAGAAGAAAAAGAAGAAUAAGAGUGGAAGGACUGCUCAAGAAGAGGAUGAUUUGGAUAAAAUUCUAGCAGAGCUUGGUGAGGGGCUACCUAAUGGGAAGUCCUCUGCUUCUCCUCCACAGGUUGAGAGCAAUCAGGUCCAUCUUGAACAAGUUCUAACAGAGAAUGCUUCAGGUGAGAAGGAAGGUGAGGAAGAGAAAGAAGAGUCUGCUGCAGCAAAGAAGAGGAAAAAGAAAAAAGAGAAGGAAAAAGAGAAGAAAGCUGCUGCUGCUGCUGUUUCAGAGGGGAAGGAAGAGAAAAUGGAAGAAGUGAAAGCGGAGACGAAUGAACUGAAAAAGAAUGAUACAAAAGGUAAAGCUGCGGAUAAAAAAUUGCCCAAGCAUGUCAGAGAGAUGCAAGAGGCACUUGCUAGGCGAAAAGAGAUGGAGGAGAGGAAGGCUAGAGAAGAAGAGGAGAAGAGAAGGAAGGAAGAAGAAGAAAAGCUUAGGCUAGAAGAACUUGAGAGGCAAGCAGAAGAGGCUAAACGCCGGAAGAAGGAAAGGGAAAAAGAGAAACAGUUGAAGAAGAAACUAGAAGGCAAACUCUUAACAGGGAAGCAGAAGGAAGAACAACGGCGGUUAGAGGCUAUGAGAAACCAAAUACUUGCCAAUGCUGGUAUUACUAUCUCGGCAGCUGACAAAGAAGGUGCACCAACAAAACGGCCGAAGUACCAGAAUAAAAAAUCAAAACCUACUGGUCAACAUGUAAAUGGUGAUGCCGCAGCUAGAUUGGAGGAAAAUAUGGAAGCUAAAGAAGAAAAGCAAGGACAACAAGACACUAAGAUUGAGGUAGAAUCAGCGGAGCUAGACAAGGUUGUAGAAGAGGAACCUAUGACUGUGGAAGAUAAUGCAGAAAUUGCGACUGAGGAAAACGGGAUGGAGGAAGAUGAAGACGAUGAGGAGUGGGACGCAAAGAGUUGGGAUGAUGUUAACCUUAAUGUUAAAGGUGCAUUUGAUGACGAGGAGACUGAUUCUGAGUCCCAAAAGAACGAGAGAAGAAAUGUUGCUUUGGCUUCUCGCAAAACAGACCCCCCUCCAGCUGCCAAGUCAUCAGUUGCAGCCCAAAAACAUGCUCCUUCACACCCUGUGGUUGAAACUACGGAUAAAAACAGGACGAAAGAUGCUGCUGCAAAAAAGAAAACAUCACCUUUAGAUGCCAUUCCUAAAGAAGGUGAAGAAAAUCUUCGUUCUCCAAUAUGCUGUAUUAUGGGUCACGUUGACACUGGUAAAACCAAACUGCUGGAUUGUAUCCGAGGCACGAAUGUCCAGGAAGGUGAAGCUGGGGGUAUCACACAGCAGAUUGGUGCAACAUACUUUCCUGCUGAGAACAUAAGAGAGAGAACCAAGGAAUUGAAAGCUGAUGCAAAACUGAAAGUUCCCGGUCUAUUGGUCAUUGAUACACCUGGCCAUGAAUCAUUCACUAAUUUGCGUUCAAGGGGCUCUGGUUUGUGUGACAUCGCAAUCUUGGUUGUGGACCUUAUGCAUGGUUUGGAGCCACAAACAAUAGAAUCACUUAAUCUCUUGAAAUUAAGGAACACAGAAUUUAUUGUUGCAUUGAAUAAGGUGGACAGGCUCUAUGGAUGGAAAGUUUGUCGCAAUGCGCCGAUAGUGAAGGCAAUGAAGCAACAGUCUAAAGAUGUGCAAAAUGAAUUCAGUAGGAGGCUUACAGAGAUUAUAACUCAGUUCAAGGAGCAAGGACUGAAUACUGAGCUAUACUAUAAAAAUAAGGACAUGGGAGAAACAUUCAGUAUUGUUCCUACAAGUGCUAUUAGUGGAGAAGGCAUUCCUGAUAUGUUACUGUUGCUUGUUCAAUGGACUCAGAAAACCAUGGUCGAGAAACUCACAUAUAGCAAUGAAGUGCAGUGUACGGUGUUGGAGGUUAAGGUUAUUGAAGGCCAUGGAACAACAAUUGAUGUCGUGUUAGUUAAUGGGGUGCUUCAUGAAGGAGAUCAAAUUGUUGUGUGCGGCUUUCAGGGGCCUAUUGUUACCACUAUUCGAGCUCUGCUGACACCUCACCCAAUGAAGGAACUUCGGGUCAAGGGUGCGUAUCUACACCACAAAGAAAUCAAGGCUGCUCAGGGUAUCAAGAUCAGCGCACAGGGCCUUGAGCAUGCUCUUGCUGGCACAGGUCUAUAUGUAGUGGGACCAGAAGAUCAUUUGGAACAAGUCAAGGAAGCAGCGAUGGAAGAUGUGAGAUCGGUGAUGAACCGGAUUGAAAAGAGUGAUGAGGGAGUCUAUGUCCAAGCAUCCACCUUAGGGUCAUUGGAAGCAUUGCUGGAGUUUUUGAAGACACCAGCGGUUAACAUUCCUGUUAGUGGCAUAGGCAUAGGCCCAGUGCACAAGAAGGAUGUUAUGAAGGCCAGCGUAAUGCUUGAGAAGAAAAAGGAGUAUGCCACUAUCUUGGCAUUUGAUGUUAAGAUGGCACAAGAGACUCGGGAACUUGCAGAGGAACUUGGUGUUAAGAUUUUCAUGGCUGACAUCAUUUAUCACUUAUUUGAUCAAUUCAAGGCUUAUAUUGACAAUCUGAAAGAGGAAAAGAAGAAGGAAGCUGCAGAUGAAGCUGUGUUCCCUUGCAUUCUUAAGAUUAUACCAGAUUGCGUCUUUAACAAGAAAGAUCCUAUUGUCUUGGGAGUUGAAGUUUCCGAAGGCAUACUUAAGGUAGGGACACCAAUUUGUGUUCCUGACAAAGAUUUUAUUGACAUUGGCCGGGUUGCUUCCGUUGAGAAUAACUACAAGCCUGUUGAUUAUGCCAAGAAAGGCCAGAAGGUGGCAAUUAAGAUUCUUAACAACAGUCCGGAGGAGCAGCAAAAAAUGUACGGCAGGCAUUUUGAUCAUGACGAUCUUCUUGUCAGCCAUAUUUCGAGGAGCUCAAUUGAUAUUCUUAAAACUAAUUACCGGGACGAUCUCUCAACGGAUGAAUGGAGGCUGGUUGUCAAACUGAAGAACAUUUUUAAGAUCCAGUAACUUGGUAAGAGGACACAAGAUAAUUGUCUUGUUUGGUGUUUCUUUUUGAUACAUUCGAGUUGGAGAGUUAUUGAGGCAGGAAAACACGAGUCGGAAACAAAUGCUGGUACUAGUCAAGGGCUAUGCAACCGCUACUUAGACCGAAUUACUUGAAAGUUGAUAAGAAGUUGUGCAUCAAAUCACUUGAAAGCUGAUGAAGAACUCAUUAUGAAUUUGCACCAAAUCGCUCGAAGAAACAUAGUGCUUGUGGAGUAGGCUGACGUGCGGUGUUUGUGUUUGCCCAUAUUUCACUUGGGGUCUGCUCUUGCUCAUAUUUUGCUAAAGUACAGAGAUGAAUGGGAAAUUAUAUGAAAAUGAUUAAUUGCCUCUUUUCAUAUAUACUAAGAAAAUGGUUGUGUUUUUACACUGUCAUUAGUUACUUCAAAUCUCUAUAUAUUUUUACUUGAAUUUAUUUAAGUUGCGAAUUCAGUGCAAGAAUAAAAUUAAAAUGGAAUGUUUUUCA